ACUCUGUGGGUAUCAUUAGACACUCUAUAAACAACUUCUUCUUUUUCUUCAUCAUCAUUAUCAUCAUCAUCAUCACUGACACAGGCGAAAAGCAUUCCGCUCGUUUGCUAUCAAAGAGCAAAGCAGCCCUCCAGUUCGAUUGAGUACCGCAGUUCUUCGUCGAAAGAGCGACGGGACGGUCCCUUUGGUCCUCGCCCUCCUGAGGACGCCUUCACUCUCGCGAGGUUACAACUUCUCCCACUCGGUUCUCCGAGGUUUUCCUUCUCGGCGGCUGGCGUCGGCGGGAGCUGCAGGGCGCAUGCUCAGUCCGCGCGGCGAGGCGACAUGGCGGCGCCCAGCUCGGAGCAGACGGCCCGGCCGCCGCGGCCGGGGAGAAGCGGGCGGAUCCUGCUGGUGCGGCACCUCCCCGCCUCGCUGACGGCUUCGGAGAAGGAGAGCUUGCUGAGGCACUUCGGGGCCGCUUCCGUGCGGGUCCUGUCCGACCGCGGGAGGCUGAAACACACUGCUUUUGCUACUUUUCCGAAUGAAAAUGCAGCUACUCAGGCUUUAUCGAGAUUGCAUCAGCUGAACCUUCUAGGCCACACUCUGGUAGUUGAAUAUGCAAAGGACCAAGACAGUGUUUGUGCACUUAGCCAAUCUUCUGAAAGUGAGAAGGACAAAAGCCUUGAAGAACCAGUGAAAGAAGAGAAAGAACAGAAAGAUCUAGGCUGCCUCAAGAUAGAAAGUGGAAUUGCUCCUAGCCAUGGGUUAACUUUCCCUAUAAAUUCUUGCCUCAAAUAUCGAUAUCCCCCGCCUUCCAGUACAAUCCUAGCCAACAUAGCAAAUGCCUUGGCAAGUGUGCCUAAGUUUUAUGUGCAGGUUUUGCAUCUUAUGAACAAAAUGAAUCUUCCUCCUCCCUUUGGGCCAGUUACUCCUCGACCUCCUAUGUAUGAAGAGUAUAUCCCUUUACCGCCUCCUAUUCCUCCUCUGCCUCCUGAGGAACCCCCUUUGCCUGAAGAGGAGGACAGUCAGGACUCGAGCAAAGAUGAAUCUGAGUAUGAAAGUGCUGAUGAAGAGGAAAAAGAAAGAUUUACAAAGUUGAUGGAAUUGGCAACCCUCCAACCCAAACGACGGAUCCCAACAAAGCCGCACCGUACAAGAAAAAGGAGAAAGAUCAAAGACUUAUUAAAUGUCUCCCAGCUUGCUUCCCACAGCAAUUUGCACCCAGCCCUGUCGCCUUCGGAUGUGUUUGAGCAGCCGCACCCUGUAGGUCUCAAAAAAAUUGAAUUUCACAUAUCUUCAGAGAGCCCUGGCAUUCUUCAGAAAAGCUUGGCGGAGCAGCAUAACAAUGACAUCUAUGCAGCCAUUGAUGAAAUAUCUGGUGAAGGGUUUGGAAAAAUCUUACCCGCUCUCCGUUCCAGUCAUAAAGAAGAGACAGAAGAGGAAGAAGAAGACGAUGAAAUACCUUCGGAAUUUGUUUCUAAAAGAGAGCUAGAAAAAAGCAGAGUCUCCCAUAAAGAAAUGGAAACUCUUGCUGUCUUCAGAAAUUAUGAGCCCGGUGAGCCAAAUUGUAGAAUUUACGUGAAGAAUCUCUCUAAACAAGUUCAAGAAAGGGAUUUGAAGUUUAUCUUUGGAAGAUACGUUGACUUUUCAUCAGAAACUGAACGUAUAAUGUAAGUGAUGGCUGGGUGACUUCUUCCGUAGGUUGAGCCGCUCUUGAUUUGGUGAGCCAAAUGAUAUAUCCAUGAACUCGUAUGUUUCCACCUGUUUUCCAGUAGAGGAGUCCAGCACCCUUUUUAAUGAAAGACUAUAGUGAGGAUCAUAGAGGAUAAUGAAACAUUAGGAUUGAGAGCAGCAGGGUGGGCAUGGGGAGGGCCUAUACCAC